GUCCUACGUAUUUCUACGCAAUUUGGUAUCGUACGAAAUUGUUGCAAAACUGUGAGGCUGCCUUUUUUUUCUAAUUAAUAAAAAUGGGUAACUCUGCAACAAAAAUAGAAGCGAAGUCGGAAGAAAAGAAGAAACUGAAACCUUGCUGCGCCUGUCCUGAAACUAAGAAAGUGAGAGACGCAUGUAUCAUAGAAAAGGGUGAGGAAAAUUGUGGCGACCUUAUAGAAGCACAUAAAACAUGUAUGCGAUCAAUGGGAUUUAAUAUAUAAAACAGAAGAAUAAUGUCUUCAUACCAAAGAAAAAAAAACGUCUUUGUUGUAAAGGGCAUAUUCCACAAAGAAUCUUGAGAAGUCUCAGGUUAUAAGC